AUGUCUGUCGGGGACAUGGAUGAUAUCAACCAUGCUGGAGCGCUUCUGCUGGACCCGCUGCCCUACGACCAAGCACAGGCCGCUUGUGUCGCCAUCAACGAGGAUCUGCUUCCUUCCCAGCUCUCGGCUCAGAAUACUACAGACCUCGGCCGCCAGCUGCGGUCUCAAGCCUACGCUGGCUAUGUCCAUGGCGGCAAGUACUGGGUCCAAAAUGGUGUCCUGAUCGCCACACCCGGCAGCGAGAAUGUAGCGUUCCAUGCGGCUUCUCACAACACCACCAACCAGUCUCUGCCCGUUCUUUGCACGCAGACGCAGCCGGGAAACGAUGUCGGGGGAUUCAGUCCCGCUCCCUCGACAUCCAUCGUCACUGUCGAGUCAGGCGAUGCUUACCAGGGCUUUCGUAAUAAGAAGGCGUUCUGGUUCGCCGGUAUACGCUAUGCUCAGUUUCCCGGCCGCUUCAGUACGGCAGCGGGUCGACAAAGAACCUCAGACCUGUCAUCUUCUGGAUUCAUCGUGGAGGCUUCACUGGCGGCCAAGGGGCUGGCAACGGUGGUCAAUUUGCGAGCCGCGAGGACGUCGUUACUGUCACCAUCAACUACCGGCUCAGCACUUAUGGAUUUUUGGCUGUGCCUUGCUGACCAGAUCACGGCUCUAGACUGGGUCAUCGCGAAUAUCGAGAAAUUCGGCGGAGAUCCCAAGAGGAUAACAAUCGCUGGCCAAUCCGCAGGCGCUGGUUCCGCGCGUGUCAUGUUAGGAUCCCCCAAGGCCAUUGGGAAGUUCCAAGGAGCUGUAGCCAUGUCUAAUCUGGGUCUCGACUUCGCUCUCGGACUCGGAAGCGGAUAUGGGACUACUUAUAGUUCUUAUUAUACCGUCAAUGAAUCAUUCAGUGUGGCCGGCCAGAACAUUUUCAACGAGGCAGGAUGCAACCAGACUUCUCUGGCUGCCCAGGUCGCAUGUCUUACUGCAUACACAGGGGACUUAAGCUCACUGGUAGACGUCGCUCGAUACCCUGUGCAGGACGGCGAGGUCAUCAACACAGAGCAGCUCAUUCUGACCUCCAGGAACGACAACACCGCCUGUGUGCCAAUCAUCUUCGGAGUGGCCGAGGACGAUGGUGCCUCCGUCGGCAGCUACAGCAAGACGUGUACCACCGAAGCGGAAUGUCUUGAGCAAAAUCUGUACAUUUCGCCGUAUUAUUCCCAGGACGUCAUCGAUUCGGACCUGUUUCCACUUUACGAUACUGGCAACCUCACUGCCGAUUCGGUGAAUGUUUCUGUUCGCAUAAAUACUGGCCUUGUCUGGCGUUGUGCGGGCGAAGCGACCGUGUAUGCUGGCGCUGAGUCUGGUGCUGUGCCUGCAGCGUACUUCUACGAGUCUGUUCGUGCAUAUCCUGAGGAGGCCUAUAACCCUCUCGGACUGGAUAUCACUGGAGACAUCACUCCAGAAUAUCCUCUCGGCAACCCAAACACUUUUUACUACAGGGUCCACUCAUCCGGUAUACCGAAUUUCUUUGGUGCUUUACACAGCUACCGCGACGUCAACGACUUGCUCACUGUUCAGUUGACCAGCGGCCACUUUGGCAGCUUCAUCCGCACCGGUCAGCCAAACCCGGACCUGGCUUACCUACAAGUCAGAGGCUACCAGAGCACGAUAGAUGCGAUCCAUGAGUCCGGGCCUUGGCCUGAACCCGUUGUUUUCGGCAUGCAUCUGGACAUCAAGGUGACUUAG